GACGAGCUUCACGAUGUAAAUGGUAUUUUAUUUAGAAAUGAGAGAAUUGUGAUACCGGCUUCGUUACGCAAAGAGAUGGUGCGUCGAGUUCAUGAGGGCCACCUGGGGGUGGAUAAAUGCCAGAGGCGAGCGCGCGGAGUGAUGUGGUGGCCCGGCAUGGCCCGGGACGUGGAACGCGCCGUGCUGGCGUGCGAGACGUGCCAGCGACACCGCGCGGCGCCCGCGCGCGAGCCGCUGCAGCCGCACGAUGUGCCCGAGCGCCCGUGGCAGGUACUGGCGGCGGACAUUUUUGAGUUUAAAGGUAAACUGUUUUUAUUGGUGGUAGAUUAUUUUUCGAAAUUUGUGGAAAUAAGUUGUUUAAAUAACUUACAAAGUGGUACCGUAAUUGAAUCACUCAAACAAAUGUUCAGUCGGCAUGGGAUACCAGAAAAAUUGGUCACCGACAAUGGGACACAAUUUACGUCUAUGGAGUUUAAAGGAUUUUGUAAACAAUGGGAAUUUGCCCAUGUCACCAGUUCACCUCUGUACCCGAGAUCGAACGGUCUCGCGGAACGCAAUGUACGCACAAUUAAGGGAUUAAUGAUAAAAGCCUACGAAACAGGGAGUGAUUGGUACCUCGGCUUACUAAAUUUCAGAAAUUCACCUGUGACAGGUGAAACAUACUCUCCGGCUCAAUUAUUAAUGAGUCGAAGUUUAAAAACACGUGUUGGCAACGGCAAUGCGUUAUUGAAACCGCGAACGAUUGAUCGUCGUUUAUUUAAAGACGAGAGAUCCGCAAGGAUAAAUAAUUACAAAUCAAACUAUGAUCGUGGCACUAGGGCCUUACCACAAUUAAAUCCUAACGAUACGGUACGCGUGAAGCAAAACAAAGAGUGGGUAAAAUCACAAAUAGUUAACCAAGCUCAAGACGGACGUUCGUACUGGCUACGAACUAACGAUGGAGGAGUGUACAGAAGGAACCGUCAGCACAUAUUGAAAGUCCCAGACACAACCAGCGAAUCAGCUGCUCGUAGUCAACCUAACAGUGGCCAUACGCGAGGUUAUUUGGACUGGGACCAGUUUCAGGGUCCUCGAGGGCCGGCAACUAGUGCCGCGACCACCAGGCCCGACCCGCAACCAUCGACUUCGGCUAAUGGGAAUUAUGUGUGGCACUGCGACUGGGCUGUACUGUUUGCGAACCCCACCAGUGUGUGUGCGGGGCUGCAGUCCAACCAAACGGUCACCACGGACUGA